AUGGAAGCAUGCGAUGCGCUGCUGGCGCUCCGUGAAUCCAGCGAUCUGGUUUCGUAUGCGCCAUUGGGCAAUGAUCUGCAAGAGGCCUACGCCGAGUGCACUGAUUGGGGUUGUGCCAUCAGAUCCAAUGACGCUGAUGCUUGGAACAUGCUGGCGUUUGAGCUCAAACAGGCUGAACUGCUGUGCAUGGGCAAUGAACAUGUGGCAUAUGAGGCCCAGGAAGAAGAGGAACUGAAAAUGUGGAUGGGUGGGUACUACAACGCAUUGGUGGAUGGUGGGUGCGAUGCCAUCAUGGACAAGAUCCACAUGUGA